GACAGAUUUGUGGAUUGAAGCUAAAUAAUCAAAGACAAAUACCAAACACAUCAACAAAUUUUCCAGAAGAUUUGAAUUUGAUCAUCUCUAAGAAACUUCAUCUCAGAGAAUAUGGACAAAUUGAAGAUAGCGGAAUUUGGAGAGAAGCUGAAGACUGGUGGAGCUCAGAUGAGUAGAAUGGUGAGUGAGAAAGUGAAAGAUAUGCUUCAAGCUCCGACCUUGGAAUCGAAAAUGGUGGAUGAAGCUACUUUAAAGACGUUAGAGGAGCCUAAUUGGGGAAUGAACAUGAGGAUAUGUGCUCAGAUUAACAACGAUGAGUUUAACGGCACUGAGAUUGUUAGAGCCAUUAAGAGGAAGAUCUCAGGUAAGAGCCCUGUGAGCCAAAGGCUGAGCCUUGAGCUUUUGGAGGCUUGUGCUAUGAACUGCGAGAAGGUUUUCUCUGAAGUUGCUUCUGAGAAAGUUCUUGAUGAGAUGGUUUGGUUGAUCAAGAAUGGAGAAGCUGAUUCCGAGAACAGAAAGCGAGCUUUUCAGCUUAUUAGAGCUUGGGGACAAUCCCAAGAACUUACUUAUCUUCCUGUUUUCCACCAGACUUAUAUGGGCUUGGAAGGCAAAAACGGAUUACAUGCUCGAGGUGAAGAGAAUUCAAUGCCGGGACAAAGUUCUCUGGAGUCUCUUAUGCAACGGCCUGUUCCAGUGCCUCCACCUGGUAGCUAUCCGGUUCCUAAUCAAGAACAGGCUCGUGGGGACGAUGAUGGUCUUGACUAUAACUUUGGAAACUUAUCGAUAAAGGAUAAGAAAGAACAGAUUGAGAUUACCCGGAACAGCCUCGAAUUGCUCGCUAGCAUGUUGAACACUGAAGGGAAGCCGAAUCACACAGAGGACGAUCUAACGGUAAGCCUGAUGGAGAAAUGCAAGCAAUCGCAGCCGUUGAUUCAAAUGAUUAUAGAGAGCACAACAGACGACGAGGGAGUCCUGUUUGAGGCUCUGCAUCUGAAUGAUGAGCUCCAACGCGUUCUAUCUAGUUACAAGAAGCCUGAUGAAACCGAGAAGAAAGCCUCCAUUGUGGAACAAGAAUCAUCAGGAAGCAAAGAGGCUGGUCCGAAACCAACAGAAGAAGAAGAAGAACAACCUGUAAAGAAAACGGGUGAUGAUGAUGACACAAAACAUUCAGAAGCAUCAGGAUCCUCCAACAAAACCGUCAAAGAAGAUAAGCAGGCCGUGAAAAUAGAACUCGGGCUUUCGAGUGAUGAAGAUGAAAAAUAAGCAGUCUGUGUUUGUCUUCUUCCGACAUGGAUAUCAGAAUGUUGGGAAGAUUUGUUCUUGAUGGUUUACUUUUAGAUAAUAACAAUGUACUUUCACU